CCCCCGUCAACCGUAUUAUGGAGUGUCGCUUUAAACGUCACACGUUACGAGUGGACGUUUUAUCGCGCUUAUUCCUGUGACGUUGUGGGUUACCUUGACAACAACGGUGUCUCUAGGAAACAACAGUGGAACGACACUUUCUGUAAGAGUUGUACUUUCAGAAAGGAGAAUAGUCGUUAUAUAGUUAUUUCAUUUGAAAAAAAAAAAUGGAAUAUCUUCAAGUUUCAUCCAUUCAGAACAUCCAGGCGCUGUCCACCUUGCUUUCCACUCAACAAGAUGAUGAUGAUGAUGAUUAUCAAGAUGUGUCUCCUUAUGCCAAGAUGGGCCCAGGACACAUAGGCCCCCUGGCCAAAAAAGAGAAAGAAGAGUCGUCGGUAUAUGAGAAGAAGAACAGCAAAGAAGUGUGGAGCGAGGAAGAGGUGCCCGAAGGCCCACAGUAUGAUGAUGUCACUGACCCAAGGCCACAGCCUGAAUAUGAAAUCAUCCUCAAGCAGAGUGUUGGCACAGAGGAUCUCUUUUUGGGCCUAAGCAGAAAGGACCCGUCCUCCAUGUGCUGUGAAGCAAUGCUGGUGAAAAUCAAACUUCCUGACAGCAAACUGUCAGAUGUAGCUCUGGAUGUGAAGGAGAAGUUCCUUGACCUUCGGACACCGAAAUAUAGACUGGCCCUCCACCUCCCGCACCCAGUCCACCACCAGCAGGGCAAGGCUCAGUUUUUCAGCGAGAGGGAGGAGCUAGAGGUGACGCUGGUGAUGAAUCGACCACUGGACGCCGUCAACAUGCAGUGAAAUUCGACAGCCCACGAGAUCACACCUGCACCGGAUCUAACUAUCUAACUGCCGACUGAUGUGGACUAUACACAUUGACCCAAUACAGUACAGUGUAAGGAGUGAAUAAGUGUCCCCACGACACAUUUUGAGCCCCCUAACCCUCAGUUUGGAUUACUCUGUUCUAAACUGCAAUUGUAAUGUUUUUAUAUUUCAAUUUACUAUUUUUUUUAGAUUAUGCAGUGAAGGCCAAAAGGAGUUAUACGCUAUUUUUGUCUUUCCUUCCUGACCUUCCCUCCCUCUACCUUCCCUUUUGCCAUCCUUCCUUCACCCCUUCCUUGUUUCCUGCCUUUCUUUCCCUCCAUUCUUCCUUUGGUCCUUCUUUUCUCUCUGUCUUCUUUAUUUAUUUUCUUUCUUUCCCUUCUUCCUUCACCCCUGAUCUUCUUUACUUCCAUCCCUCCUAGCCUUCCCUCUUUUCUUUUUUCUUUCUUUCUUUCUUUCUGUCUUUCUUUCUUUCUUCUUUCUUUCCUUCUGACUCAUUUAUAUUUUAUCCUACUAUUCUGCCUGCCUUUCUUCAGUACCCAUCCAAAACUAGAAUCCACUUUUUUCCUUCCUAAAAUUAUGUGUCAUUAUUCAUGGUACCUGUAAAAACAAAAUUUAAAAUGCAUAUCUAAUUUUGGCCUACUCUGUAGCAUGUGCACGUUUACAGUACCUUCAAAAAAUUCAUCAUAUUUUCUGCCUCCUUGAUCACGAAUUUUAAGCGUUUUUUACAGCAAUCUGGUGCACAAACGUUGACUGUAAUAAAAUAAGG